AUGGGUGUGCAGAAGAGGACUCGUAAAUUUGCCGUCACCAAAAAAAUCAUAGGUCAACGCGAUGCCCGAUUAAAGAAGAACCAAAUGGCCGGCGAAGUAGAAGCGAAGAAGAAAGAAGAGGAGAGCAAAGCAAAGCGUGAGAUUCCGCAAGUCUCCUCUGCCCUCUUCUUCCAAGCCAACACCGCUCUCGGCCCCCCCUACUCCGUCCUUGUAGACACAAAUUUCCUCUCGCACACGGUCCACGGUAAACUCGAGCUCGACAAGGCCCUCAUGGAUCUCCUCUACGCGAAAGCCACGCCCAUCAUAACCUCGUGUGUCAUGGCUGAGUUGGAGAAGCUUGGCCCAAAAUACCGCAUUGCGCUCAGAAUCGCCCGUGACGAGAGAUGGCAGCGCCUCAAGUGCGAGCACAAGGGCACGUAUGCCGAUGACUGCAUCGUGGACAGAGUUCAGAAACAUAGAAUCUACCUGGUUGCGACGAACGAUAGGGACCUUAAGAGGCGCAUAAGGAAGAUUCCAGGUGUGCCGAUUGUUAGUGUGGCAAAGGGCAAGUACGUUAUUGAGCGUUUGCCUGAUGUGCCGGAUAGUAGGUAG